AUGUAUUUUUACAGCAUCGAUAUCAAAACUUCAGAUGCAGAUGCUCCUAAAUGUAGUAGCACCAGUCUAGAUGUGGAAACUCCAGCCUCGAUGUGCAACCGCCAGUUUAGAUAUAUCUAUCUAUCUAUCUAUCUAUCUAUCUAUCUAUCUAUCUAUCUAGACCUGUGCAAUAUCUAUCUAUCUAGACCUGUGCAAUAUCUAUCUAUCUAUCUAUCUAUCUAUCUAUCUAUCUAUCUAUCUAUCUAUCUAUCUAUUUCGAUCUGUAAUCUACGGACAGCUCCAUGUAAACAUCUCUUCGUCUAUGGAGUGUCUGUGAGUUGCUGCUCCUUCUUUGUACGUUUUCAUUAUUAUAAUUGCAUAUACUUACUAUCUAUCUAUCUAUCUAUCUAUCACGACAGAUACUAUCUAUCUAUCUAUCUAUCAAUCUAUCUAUCACGACAGAUACUUACUUACUACCUAUCUAUCUAUUUAUCACGACAGAUACUAUCUAUCUAUCUAUCACCACAGAUAUCUAUCUAUCUAUCUAUCUAUUAUGAUAAAUAA